AUGUUAACACCCACAGCUGAGGAACGUAAGAGAAUACGCGCAUGGUUAGGCCAGCAUAACCCAAAUGAUAUCUACAUUGAGUCCACCCGCAAAAGAUUAAGGGGCACUUGCGACUGGAUCUUGAACGAACCUGCGUUCCAGACCUGGCUAUCAUCCACCUUAUCGUCGAACAGCCCUAGUCUAUUAUGGAUUAACGGGCCUGCUGGGUUUGGCAAGACGGUACUUUGUGCCCGAGUGAUAGAGCACUUAUUAUCGACGAUUGAAACUCCUCUUGCGCACUUCUUUCUUUCUUCAGACUUUGACGGUCGCGAUGAUCCAUUCGUAACCGUUAGAGUCUGGAUCGACCAGGUAAUAUCCCACAACAGGACUGCUUUCUGCUAUGUCCGCGACCGAUGGGCAUCACAAAACGAGCAGACGGCGUCGCGAGAGACGAUUGUCAAUCUCUUCCGAGGAAUCAUUCAGACUGUGCCAGGCUGCAUAUUCGUUUUGGAUGGGUUAGAUGAAUGCGCCUGGAUGGCAAGAAGCCAAGGCGACGAUAACUCUAUCGACGAGUUUCUCCACAGGGUCUUGGACGCCAUUGCGAACACUGACACCCGAUUAAUGCUCGUCACUCGGACGGAGCCAAAAAUUGGAGCAGUCGUUAGCAAGGCGACAGGUUUCCUCGAGCUGAGGGUCUCCCAGGAACAUAGCCAACCCGACAUCAAGCUCUAUUCUAGAAGUAUAGUCAAUCGGAAGUUAGAAUCGCAGGACGAAGCGACAAAAGAUGCUAUUUCCAGGAAAAUGGCUGAUCGGUGUGACGGCUUGUUUCUCUGGCUUAAACUACAUGAGAACUCAUUGAAAGCAAACAGAAGGACAAAAUGGCUUGAGGAUGCUAUUGACAAGACACCACUAGGUCUCAACCGCGCAUACGAGCGAGUUUGGAGCACCAUUGAACAACAACCCGAACCUGUAAAGGAUCGCGCUUUUUCCAUCUUACGUUGGACAGCUUUUGCAACAAGACCUCUGACUGUCAACGAAAUCACCGAAGCGACACUGAUAGACGAAAACCACGGAAAUGUCGCAUAUGAAGAUCUGCCUUUGUAUGUCAAUAACGAAUUUGUUAACGACGAGAUCCACGGCCCUUGUGGUUCCCUAGUGGAAAUUCGAAGGACUGAUAAUCAAGGCGGAAUUGGACUAGGAACGGUCCAUCUAGCCCAUUUUACUGUCAAGCAAUAUGUGCUUGGUAAACUAUCUGUUCAGCUGAUACCAUUGAAGGCAAACGAGGCUCUGCGAUCUUCCCACGAGGCUCUUCAAAACACACUUCUCGCGAAACUCUGCCUCCUAUAUAUAAGUCAUACCCGUGUGUGGAAUAAUAACAUCCCGGAGGAUGGCACCUUCGUGGAGAAUGCUUUUCGCGACUACGCAGCAAAUGCAUGGUUUCAGCACGCCAUGAGAGCGGACGAAACUAAUGAUAGCUUAAUGCCGUUCAUGGAAACCCUUCUUGACCCCGACAACCAUGUGUAUAAACUCUGGCAAAACUGGUAUGACUUACGUAGCAUCACACCAGCGGACGAACAAAGUAUAACAGUAGUUCGAGGCGGGCCUCUACAUUAUUCUGUCCGUUUGGAAUUCCCCAAACUUUUAAAGCACUUGUUGGAUGUACACAAGUACAAUGUAGACGAGGGGACGUCUUCUGGCCUCACGGCAUUGCAUUUGGCUUCCGCCUUUGGUCACAUAGAACCAGUCAACAUCUUACUGAGGGCAGGUGCAAAUCCUACAAUUGCCGCUGGUGAUGGUUGGACCCCAAUCCACAUGGCUUCGUGGAAUGGACACAGCAAAAUCAUCCGGAUAUUACUCGAGGCAAAUGCAGAUGUCAUGGCUGGCACCGACAACGGGCUUACCCCACUUCAUGUAUGCUUGAGCAGUAACCAUAUUGAAGCGGUUCAACUACUACUUGACGGAAAUGCUGAGAUUAACGCCCGCUGUAACAAAAACAAGACACCACUACACUACGCUUCGGGUGACGGAUAUGCAGAGAUAGUCUCAUUGCUUCUGAAAGCGGGAGCUGACGUUACAGCGGUUGACAAUGAUGGACUAACCCCACUGCACGCGGCCUCAACCUGUGGGCACGCUGACGUUGUCCGAAUACUCCUCUUGCACCAUGCGUGUACCGCAGCUCAAGACAAUUACAAAAGAACACCCCUUUACAGUGCUUCAAGAGGAGGACACACUGAGGUCAUCGAACUGCUUCUUGAAAGCAACGAUGAUAUCGAGAUUUCUAAUGAAUCUGGAAGGACACCACUCUGUGCAGCUGCUUUAAACGGGCAUAUUGAGGUUGUUCGUGUCUUGCUUGCAAGAGGGGCCGAUAUCGAGGCUGCAGAUAUUGAUCAGCGCACGUGUCUUCACGCAGCUUCUCGAAGGGGACACUUCGAAAUUGCAAAACUACUGUUGGAUCAGGGAGCUUGCAUCGCCAGUUACGACUAUGACGGAUGGACACCACUGCAUGCAGCAACGACAAGGGGCCACACCGAAGUGGUGAAGCUUCUCCUCGAAAACAAGGCUGACGCGAGGAUCUGCAACAAGUUCGGUAGGACGCCACUUUCAUCAGCUGCAGAAAAUGGACUGCUCGAGCUGGUUAGGCUAUUGCUGGACAAACGUUCCGACGUCGACACCCAGGAUAACGAAGGGCAAACAGCACUCUUCCUGGCAUUGAAAAACGGUCACACGGAAGUGGCUCGGCUGCUACUCCAAAUGAAAGCUGACGCUGGGAUAAAGGAUAAGAACGGCUGGACAGCACUCUCUGCGGCUUCCUCUGGAGGUCAUAGCGAAGCAGUCGAGUUAUUAUUAAAUAACUCAGCUGAUACUGCGACUAGGAAUGAAGAAGGCUUGACGCCACUUCAUAUAGCAUCGUCUCGAGGCGAUGUUACGAUCGCGAGGUUGCUUCUCGAAAAUGGAGCUGAUGUCUUAGCUCGGACUGAUCAUAAGUUUACACCUAUUUAUCUUGCCUCACUUGUUGGGAGCGUCGAGACAGUGCAAUUACUUCUUGAUGAGCAUGCAGACAUCGCAGUUCAAAACAUAGAUGGAUUAACACCACUUCAUGCCGCCUCCAUGAAUGGGCACGUUAGCGUGGUUAAGUUGCUAAUCGAGAAGGGCGCCAAUGUCCAUGUCUUGCACAAUGAUGGGUGGACAUCACUGAACAUGGCCUCUUUACACGGACAUGUCAAUAUAGUUCAGCUGCUGCUUGAGAAUGAUGCUGACAUCACGGUUUGUAAUAAGUAUAAAUUCUCAACGCUCCAUUCAGCCUGCCACAAUGGUCAUAUAGAUGUGGUUAAGUUGCUGCUUGAGCAAGGGAAAGCAGACGUCAACGUUGUUGAUGAGGAUGGGUCAACGCCACUACAUGAAGCUUCAGCAGAAGGGCACUCUGCAAUAGUUAAACUUCUACUUAAUCAGGGGGCUGAUAUCUUGGCUGGGAAUAAUGAUUGUACAACGCCACUAUUCUUAGCCUCCCAACAUGGUCAUUAUAAAUUAGUCAAGCUUCUCCUCAAAAAGGGAGCAGAUGUCACAAAGACGGAUAGCCAGGGGUUUACGCCACUCCAUGGAGCUUGUCGUCAGGGGCACCGUAAGGUAGCUACCCUCCUCCUCCGCCAUCACGCCGAUCAUUCUGUUCGAAGCAAAAAUGAAGUCACGGCGCUAUACCUAGCUUCGGGACAAGGUCAUCUCGAUAUAGUCAAGCUACUCAUACAAGAAAAUGCCGAUGUUUCAGCUAGCGAUAAUGAUGGAUGGACGCCACUCCUCGUGGCGUCGGCAAAUGGCCACGUAAAAGUGGUCGAAAUACUAGUCGAACACGGUGCAGAUAUCACAACUAGAAACAACAGAGGCUUGACGCCGCUCUUUGUAGCCGCAGCGAACCAGCACCCUGAGGUGGUCAACUUCUUCUAUGAAAGGAUGUAG